AAUGUGUCAGUGAUCUGUGCGCUCUGUCGACAUGACCUGACUGUCUCACUAUUAAAGGCAGAUCGCGGAUCCUGGAGCUAUGGGCUUUUUCCCUUCCUCCACAUGAAGGGGCGAGAGAGGUACAUCAUCUGUGUUGAGUUCACACGUUAUGUGGAAUUCGGUCAUCGCUUCAGCUGUAUGUGUGCUAUGGCGCGGCUGCGCUUGGCAGGCCACUUUCUAAGCAGCGUUUGUCCCACUGGCUUUGCAUUGAGAGAGCUUAUCCAACUGAAGGGCGUUCCUUGCCUUUGGGCAUCACGGGCCACUCCUCACGUGGAGAUGCAGCCUCCGCUUGCCGUUUAAGGGGUGUGGAGGUUGAUGUUAUUUGUGCAGCAGCGUUGCGGUCGACGCCAGCCCCAUUUAUAUCUCUUAGAUAUGUCCUCGGGCUCUAUCUUACACAGUCUGUACUCCACGUAGCUGCUGAAGGCAUAGGCUGAGGGACCGGGGUUUUUUCUCUAGGUGUCAUUUUUUUAUUUAACCUUUAUUUAACUAGGCAAGUCAGUUAAGAACAAAUUCUUAUAUUACAAUGACGCCUACAUCGGCCAAACUCAGACGACGCUGGGCCAAUUGUGCGCCGCCCUAUGGGACUCCCAAUCAUGGCCGGAUGUGAUGCAGCAUGGAUUUGAACCAGGGACUGUAGUGACACCUCUAGCACUGAGACACAUGAGUCUGUUUUUUUGUAGAUGCUUGUCAGGCAUUAAUAAUCAAUCAUCAUCAACAGUCUAACACCUUACAAAGGUAGAUAGCAAAGUUAAGUAAAAUGUUACUGCUCAGACCACUGUGUGUUCCUUGCAGGGGCAGCGACAGUCUAUGAUAUUGGUUUCACCCAGGUGGAUUGGGCCCAGUGGGGAGAGUUGGCUCUGGGUUCAUUCUCUGCCCAGGGAGCUGCAGCCCUUUUCACCAUGACAUUCACAGCCAACAUCUGGGCCUGCUAUGCUGGCUACAUUGUCUUCAAGUGCCUCUACAAUGCUGCUUAUUACCAUAGCCAUGUUCGAAAUUGCUACGGAGAUCUCCAUGGAGAGAUAUGCACUGAUCAAGGGAGCAAACAACUUUGGGGCUUUUAUCCUUCAGACUAUCAUCACAGCCGUUGUGGUGGAUGGCAGGGGGCUCGGCUUGGGCAUCAUCCCACAGUUCACCAUUUAUGGAAGCUACUUCUCAGCCAUCGCUGUCAUUUUCUUUGAGGGGUGUGUACAUGAUUAUGACAGGGUGGCAAAGCCACAGAGACUUCACCACUGCAGAGGAGCCUCCAAGUCUGAAAGACAGUGACACUGGCCCUGAACAAAGACUCUGAGCUGAAGAAACUGACCACUGAGCCAUGUUCGGUAGGCACGGAAUGGGAGAAAACAUUUUGAAACGGGGGAGUUUCUACCUGAAUGUGUCCAAAAAGAAAGCACAUUUUUGUUUUCGGUUGCACCAUUUUUUGGUACAUUGUGCCAUACUGAAU